AGAACUCACCCACAAGAUGGUGGAGCUGCUGACUGGAGAGGUUCCUAUAAGGUGUCAGGAUGUCACUGUCUAUUUCUCCAUGGAGGAGUGGGAGUAUGUAGAAGGACACAAGGAUCUGUACAAGGAUGUCAUGAUGGAGAACCACCAGCCCCUCACAUCAUCAGGAAAAUCCACUAAGAGAAGAACACCAGAGAGAUGUCCCAGUCCCCUUCCUCCACAGGAUCAUCAGCUUUUAUAUCAGGAUCAGAGCAAUAUCAAUUCCAUAGAUUCAUAUGUGGGGGUUGAUGACCAGUGUAAGGAGCACAUUCCUACAGGUAACAGCUCAGCUGACUGUACGAGGAGCUCAGAGGGACAUCUGAUAUCUUCAGAUUUUAAAGCAAAUGAUUGUGGAAUCACACAAGACACAUAUGAAGAACAUGCCAUCAUCUCAGAUGUCUCCUCAGCCCUUCACAGCAAAGAUCUAUCUUCUGAUCCUCUUAAACAUCUCCGAUCUUCUGAUUCAUCACAGAUUGUUAAGCAAACUAUAAGUCACAAAAGGGAUGUUGUACAUCGAAGAGCUCACAAGAGGAAGAAACCAUUUUCAUGCUCAGAAUGCGGAAAAUGUUUUAAUCAGAAAUCCGAUAUUGAGAGACAUCAGAGAAUUCACACAGGAGAGAAGCCAUAUUCAUGUUCAGAAUGUGGGAAAUGUUUUUCUCAGAAACCAACUCUUGUUCAACAUCAAAGAAUUCACACGGGGGAGAAGCCAUUUUCAUGCCAAGAAUGUGGAAAAUGCUUUACCCAUAAACAUAAUCUUGUUAAACAUAGGAAAAAUCACACAGGAAAGAAGGAAAAGUCCUUUUCAUGUUCAGAAUGUGGGAAAUGUUAUGGCACAAAAUCUACUCUUGUUGAACAUCAUAAAACUCACACAGGAGAGAAACCAUUUUCAUGUUCAGAAUGUGGAAAAUGUUAUACUCGGAAAUCACAUCUUGUUAAACAUAUGAGGAGUCACACAGGGGAGAAGCCAUUUUCAUGUUCAGAAUGUGGAAAAUGUUUUGCCCAGAAACUAAUUCUUGUUAGACAUCAAAGAAUUCACACAGGAGAAAUGCCAUUUUCAUGCCAAGAAUGUGGGAAAUGUUUUACUCAAGAAGUAAAUCUUGUUAAACAUCAGUCAAUUCACACAGGAAAGAAGGAAAAGUCAUUUUCAUGUUCAGAAUGUGGCAAAUGCUUUAGCCAGAAAUCAGUUCUUGUUAAACAUCAGAGAAUUCACACAGGGGAGAAGCCAUUUUCAUGUCCAGAAUGUGGCAAGUGUUACAGUGCCAAAUCAACACUUGUAGACCAUCAAAAAAUUCACACAGGUGUGAAGCCAUUUUCAUGUUCAAAAUGUGGGAAAUGUUAUGCUGUGAAAUCACAUCUUGCUCAACAUCUGAGGAGUCACACAGAAGAGAAGCCAUUUUCAUGUUCAGAAUGUGGGAAAUGUUUUGUUCAGAAAUCACAUCUUGUUCAACAUCAGAGAAUUCACACAGGUGAGAAGCCAUACUCAUGUCCAGAAUGUGGGAAAUGUUUUACUCAGAAAUCAAAUUUUGUUGUACAUCAAAAUAUUCACAGAGGGGAGAAGCCAUUUUCAUGUACUGUAUGUGGAAAGUGUUUUAACCACAAGUCAGCUCUUACUGCGCAUCAGAGAAUUCACACAGGGGACAUGUUUUCCUGCCCAGAAUGUGGGAAGUGUUUUAUCCAGAAAUCAGAUCUUGUUAAGCAUGAACGAACCCACACAGUUACUUGUUUUCUGGAUAAAUAUUUCAAGAAAAAACUACAUUUACAGCCAAAGUCAAGUGACAUACAAGAUAAAGCACAAGCUAAUAAUAGUUCUAAAUGAUGAUGAUGAACUGUAUGCAAUUACCAAUCCAAACAGCAAAUAGAAUCCAUAUAAUCCACCGAUCUAUCAGGCACGUGCAGAAAGAUUUUUCCAUGAACAUAUAUAUAACUUUCUCAAAAAGUGUGGCUAACAUUAAUAAAUGUUUGCUUCUAUGCU